ACACGACUGUAUGUAUAUAGUAAAUCCUAAAGUUAUAACAGAAAUAUUUAAUACAUACAAUCGCAUUAUAUUCGGAUAUAAAAUUGUAUGUAAAUUGUGUGUGCGUGUAUUUUUACGUUACUCCGAAGUAUACCUAACAUAAAAAUUGAUUUUUGACAUUUAUGAUCCUUAUAGAUAUAUAUUAUCAAGUUUAGAACUACCGUUGCAUUGUGCACAUGGCCGUUAUGCAAUGUCAAGAGAUGGUCGUAUUAAUUUACUUACUGGGACUCAAAACAAAACAUCAAACAGUACCUAUAUCAAAGCGGUCGUAGGUAACUAAAAUAAAAUAUUAAGAGCCCAUCAACGUGUUCACUAGCGCCACUGCUAAAUAAUUGUGAUUAUUUCAAUUUAACGAUAGAUAUUUAAAAUAAGGGUUCCGUUUUUUGCCAUUUGGCUACGGAACCCUAAAAAGGGGUCCGCUACGUACUGUAUUUUGUAUUGAAGUACCUUUUGAAUACAUCAUAAUAGUUUUUACGUUGCUGGAUUCGUCAAUCUAGGCGUCCAAAGUUAAAACGGCCGUUUUCGUUUUGAGUUCAUAGAACGACGAAUCCAGCAACAUAAAAACUAGUUUGAUGUAUUCAAAAGGUACUUCAAUACAAAAUACAGUACGUAGCGGCCCUGUUUUCUAAAUAUCAAUCGUAAACAAUCACAAUUAUUUUCCAGUGGCGCUAGUGGGUACGUUGAUGGUCUUUUAAGUAAAAUCUUAAUUGAAAAGAAAAAUACAGUAAAUCGCAUUCUCAAGAACCUUGGCCUACGUAUAAAAUUGUUUCAAAAAGGUUCAUAAUUGGAACAUUAGGGACCUCUGCCGGCCCUUUAGGGUCAUGUACGAAGUUAAAAAGCUCGCCUUCGAUGUAAAUGCUCUAUUAAAAGGAUCUUUCUCGGAACUCAAGAGAAUCUAAUUAUACGUUCUGAAUUCUCGGGUUCGUUUUUAAGAAACAAGGUGGAAGUAUAAUAAAGUUAUUGUAAAUAAGAUGAGUAUUUCAUUAAAAAGUACAUUACGCUCGUGUUAAAAUAUUCGGCUCGUCAGGGAGACCUGUGCGCAAUUUUAUAUACUUUUAUAUAAAACUUAAAUAUGACGAUACGGGUUAAUAACCAUUCUGUGUUGAGCAGGUCAGUUUCUUGUUAUGUUAACGGAUAAAAAACUAAUUAAACAAAGUUUCAAACGCCGAAUAAUCACAUGUUACGCACACAGGUAAUUAGAGAAGUAAGCGGGGAGAUACAUCAACUCUAUGAUGCUUCUCAGUAAAGCGCAGUGAUCUCUAUGACAGCUUGCGCGCAGACACGUAAACAUUCAACAUUUUUAAAUAUAAAAACAUUUAACCUUGUGUCACGACAGGUGAUUAAAUAAUAGCCUUCUUAAUGUUAAUCAUUACGUUUCGAAAUUUUUACGUCUUGUUGGUCUCGGGUGAUUGGGCACGGUCAGUUCUACGUAGAUUCCGAGCUAAGGUCGAUGUGUUGCUAAACCGUGUGUGCUAAAUUUUUCAGAUGGAAACAAGAGACGAUCGUGAACUGCAUGUAUUUUUUUUAAAUAUAAAGUUAAUAUUUCUGUGCCAGUAUCAAAUUUAGAAUUACCUUUGUAAUUGAAAAACAUGGAAUUGCUUAAAUUGUGGUAUGUUUGGACAGUGAUCUCAUUUUUGGUGUUCCAAUUCGUUCUUGAAGGAACUGCACAAGAAGCGGGAUUUGAGUUACCAGUGCAAUUAGUUGGAUUCCCAUUUAUUAUUUUGGCCGUGAGACUUACUAAUUUCGUAAAGAAAUUAUCUUACGCAUUAAGUCCAGGUAAGACACAAAUAAGACACAUAUUCCGUUACGCUAGAUUUCCAAAUCAUACUGAAUUAACAUUAGAAAAACUUUUUCAAAAUUGCUAGGAAGUCAUAAAACACAGACCAUUGCACAUGGAAUACUUGCUUAACUUGGUAGAGUAGAGCACGCAGUUUAUUUACAGUAUUUUUUUACGAAACGUAGCCGUAAUGGGGAUCAACCCGCAUUAUGACAUAAGACUUCGAUUGACCAACAUAAAGACCGGCGGGAAAGGUGUUACGCUGUCACGUAUUCCAGUACAAUCCGAGCCGUACUACGAGUUAGUUUGGCACACUGCAUCGGCUUUCACGCGCGAAAAUAGAAAAGGGGUACAACGGGAGUGGACAUCUUUCCUGGGAGAGUAAAAAUUCAAAUUUCGAACGAUUCUUGUUAAAAUUCAAAUAUUAGUGCGUUUUGUUGAUGCAUGUGACACUUCAACAAUAGACAUUCGAAGUGUUGUGAAACUGUUGACUACAAAUUAGCAGUUAACGUCUACUGUUGAGUUAGUAGUCGUUUUCUUCUUGAUUUAAUACUUGUCUACAAUGGAGUGGAAUAAAAUAUUGUACACGUCUGGUCUACUAGUGAUAUUGUUAAGUUGUUGCGAUGAUGUAAAGAGUCAAGAUGCGGCGUUUGAACUGCCGGUGCAGUUAGUGGGUUUUCCGGUCAUCAUUUUGAGUGUGCGACUUACCAACUUUUUGAAGAAACUCUCAUAUUCUCUAAGUCCAGCCACAUACCGCUCGCGCAAUCGCCGGCAGCUGGCCGCCGACGCCGACCCGUUCGACGCGGCGGAGGUCGAGAAGUACAUCGUGGGCGAAUUCGGCGCGCGAGCGUGCGUGUUCGAGCGCGUGUGCGCGCAUUACGCGGCGCGCGCGCAGCGGGACCCCAAGCCGCAGAUGGACUGGCCGGACGUCUUCAGCCAUUAUAAGCGUUCGUCAGACCAGGCGAAGGACUUCUACCUGCUGAGCGUGUUCCUCGGCGACAUCGUGGGGUCCCCGCAGCUCUGCCACCAGCUGGGCAAGCGGAGGAGCUGUGAUGAAGGCCUCUUGGAAGGUUCCUAGACGUAAUUCCUAAGCUAUCAUUAUUAUUUAGGUACAGGCCGGGUUAGUAAAUUUAAAGAUAACUAGGUAUAUACAUUUGUUAAAAGCCCAUUUUUAAUAUUAUUUAAUACUUUUCAUAAAGUAAAUGUGUUGUUGUGCAUGUAAUAAAAGAUUAGUUAAUGUUAGUAAAUUAAACCAGUUUUCUACUUCACAUUUUAACUCCUGCACGAAUGUUUAUUUUCUUUGUACAAAAAGGGUUUUCUCAGACAAGUCGAUAAUUUGAAUAUUCUUUGCUAACACACAUUUAUAUCUCAGAAUGAUAAUAAAUACUUUUAGUUAUACCAAAACAGAGUAAAGUGUUGAGUCAUAAGUACCCUUUAUGUGGGCUUUUGAUUUAUUAAUUUUAUUAUACGUAACCCCUAGAUAAUGUUUAAAUAAGUAAUGUGUAUUAAAUUACAGCCACAUCAACACAUGGUGAUGAUAGGUUAAGGACUAUUGUUAUAGCGUAAGCUGUUCAUCCUACAUUUUUUCCUAAUUAAAAAUGUGUAAAGUAACAUAUAAAUAAAAAAAAUGUAACUGUCCUUCUAGAAACAAAAAAACUGAUGAUCAGUGGGGUAAGAAAAAUACUGGGGUAUGAGUAAAGUUGUAUAAAAUUGUUCAUACUGUUUCUUUUACCUCGUGUAAUAUAAACUAAAUUCAUCUGACCUCAUGCUUUAAAAAAAUAUUUAUUUCAGAAUAGUGCAUAAUUUUUGAAAAUUGUAAACGUAGUUAAAUUUAUUCUUAAUAUAAUAUUGUAAAAGUUACACAUACGCAUCUAUCCUCUUGUAGAAUUGACUAAAUUCUAUGUAUUUGUAUAAAUCUUUGUUAACUACAUUAUAUAAACUUGUUAUUAGUGUUAAGUUUAAAGGAAAUUUAAAAGGUGCACUUGUUAAAUUAAAUAAUAUUAUUACAGCCUUGAUUGGACAUAAUCAUCAAGAUAUUCAUGUUACAGAUUUAAGCCUUAGAAUUAUAAUAAAAAAGGUAAUGUAUGUUUUCUAGUUACCAAAUCAUUACCACGCCAUACCUAUAUUUUGUAACUUACACGAGUUUACACGUGUCAUUUACCUUUAGAGUCUGUGCGGAAAGAGAAGUCGUGGAAUGUAAGGGAGCCUAUACAUUCUACGACUCUUCUCUUUCCGCAAAUACUAUAAUACAAUAGUUGUAAAAUCACAAAAUAUAUGCCUAAUGUUACCAUAAUUUAAACGGCAUAACCAAACAGUGUCGUAGAAGAAAAGUCAUAUUUUCUUAAUCCAGUAGGGUAGGUACCUGAUAAGCUGUAUCCUAAAAAUCAUGAAAUAUGAAUAAAAUAUAGAAGCAACUCUUCUAAGCUACUUAAGUAAAAGUUAUAGAGCGUGCUCUUUUAAAUAUUUCAAUGAUUUAAGCUUUAUUUGGUCACCAAUACAUUUUUUUGUACCUAAUUGUUAAAACCGUGAAUUCUUCCAUUUAGAUGCCACCAGCAUGAGUAAAAAUGAUCACAAUUAUAAUACAAAGGUUCAAGGUAGUGAUAAAGACUGUUUUAUUACAUCACGAUCAUCUAAUAUUUAGGUAAUGAGUAAGACACGUUAUAGUAGAGGCUAGUCAUUUCAUUAAAAUAUACGUAUAAUAAAAAAAUACAAUUACAAA